CUAGGCGAGAUGAGCAGCAGCAACGGAGUAGGAUUUGGCCUGGGGGUUGGUGUGACGGGAGGAUCAAAUCCAGCAGUUGCCCAACAAGGACAGGGGAUUGCUGCAUUGUUAGUUAUGCUCGCUGUACUUUGCUUCAUAUUCGCAUACUGCUGUUGGGGAGCACCUUUUUGCAGAUCGUUGUGUAGGAAAUAUUGCUGUUGUCAAUUGGAGGACCCAGAGCCUGACUCGAGGUUUGGAAACAGUGAACAGGCGAUGGGUGCUACCCCUACGAUAAUUCUUCUGCCUCACGGAAGAAUGUUGGUGGUCGACGGAACUAUUUUUACUCAGUUUCAAGCUGAUACUACCGGGUUGGAUCUCGUAGAAUUGGGAGAAACUGUCAUCCGGGCACAGAGAAAUCCUCGAUGCGUUAAUAGGCAUCAGCUGCAAAGUAACCAGGGUAGUGUUCUUGAAAUGGAUGCUGAAACUCCGAGUAAAGAUAGUAUGGGAUCAAUAGGAAUCUUUCCUCCACCAACUUACGAAAGUAUUUAUGGAAAAGAUGAGGGUGGCAUGCCUCCAUCUUAUUCAGAUAUUCUCCUCUGCAGAUUUGCAAAUCUCCCGUACGAAAUUGAACUUCAGGAUCGUUGCACCAACAGCAAAGAGGACAUCGAGAUGCACAGCCUAGAAAGUUGUCCACAUGUCAUAAACAACACCAUGAGCAAUACGGCCUAUCAUCCCUAUGCGACUAUUGCAUCUUUUUCAAGUCAAAGUUUUCCACGUAGCAAUAUCUCAAGGAACUCCUCAGUAAUUGCAAACCCGAUGGAUGAUUUUUACAUUAACAACGAGCUGGGGGGGAUUUAUGCGAUCAGUCACAUAGACGUUCCCAUUUCAGGCCCAAGAAGACAUAUCUCCAACGAAGAACUGAGGCACCACAGUAACUUUAACGCCAUCAAUAUCCUACAGAACCCACUGGAAGUGGACAUGCGAUCCAAUGAAACUGUUAAUAUUAUUAAUGCCGAUACUCAUAACAGUAGGUCAAGGAGAAUUCAAUCGAAUCACAUAGACAUCAGAAAUGUGAGUUUCCAGGCGUUAGCAGCAACAAAUGGAGAAGUCACGGUGAAUAUUGAUACUCCUGAAGAUUUGAAUGAGACAAGUCCAAGGCCAGCUAUGAGGACGGGAGAAAUGGAUAAUAGAAUCAAUAAUGAUGAAGACGACAAUGAUUUUGGGGCACUAGCUGACAUUAGAGAAAGCAGAGUUUGAUUUCAGUGGGCCGAAAUCAAAAUUGAAUGGGUAACGAAAAUAAAUCCGAAACGGGAUUUGUUCAGUCUCAAAUAUACUGAGAGGGAAAAUUUUAAGAUCCAUUUCCCGAGAAAAAUUUAUUUGUAAAUUUGGUUGACUAGAAGAUCUUUUCACAUUCUUUCGUACAUGGAUUCUGUUCCUGGGUGUGAACUAUUGUUCAACAACAACAAGAAUAAAUAAUUGAAUAGGUGAUUGUCUGCAAUGAGCAGCAAUGAGCAAUGUUUGGACGAAACGAAAUCUAGAAAACAUCUUUGUAAAAAAUUUUCUAAAUUAAAAACGUAGACGUAAACAUAAUUUUGUUACGAACUAAAAUGUAAAAAAACCUUGGUUUUUUUGUUCCAAGGAUCCACUUACCAACGUUGACAUCGCCCGAGAGCCUUUAACCGCAACGAUGUUGGAUAUUGGACGUAGAGUGGAUUAUUUCAAUUGAAAACUCCGUGGAGUAUUCAGUUCGAAAUUUAUGUUGAAUUUGUAAAUCAUCAUCAUUUAGAAAAUGGUGAAGAACAAUUGGUGUGCAUUUUGAACGUGCGAUUCCAGUUCGAAAUCUUGCGUUCAAUUCCAAGUGGGUCGUAGGCCACCCGUGGUGUACCUCAUGUAUCACACGAAGAAAAAGUUCAGAGAAUAAUUACCUCAGAGCCCGUUAAAAUAGCUUAAUUUUAUGGCUGCGAACAUGUUACUUAGGAGUUAUUAAGGAUUUUUCUCUUUCAAACAAUAGCUAUUCACGCCAAGACUAGUUUUGGUAUCGUCUUGUCUCGUCUAAGUUUUUUGGAACGAGGUGGAGAUGAUACCGUCCAAGAGUCAUCGAGAAGCUACCUCGACGAAACUGCCUCUAGAGCAAGACGCAAGUCUCGUCGAGAGAAUGAAGAUCUUACGAGAGUGCUCACCAGGGUUAUACGCCUUACUAGAAAUUCAACUCGGCAAACCAUUCA